CGAAAGCCCUCUCCCACGGGCCGCGCACUUAUGUUGUCGUGUCGACGUUUUACGGUCCUCAGUGUAGGACUCUCAUUCGCAUAAUAUCCGUCCAGUCGUAUACAUAAACACCCUCCAAUUUGCUAGUCUUGGCCCUUGGAACACAUAUUUAUUUGCUAAAAAGUUGCAAUCAAUAUAAACGAAUAUGUGUGAAAUCACUCUACCAACCGUCUGGAUACUUGGUGGACCCGGUAGCGGCAAGGGUACCCUUUGUGAUAAGAUUGUUGCCAAAUACGGGUUUACUCACAUUUCGACUGGUGAUUUGCUGAGGGAUGAAGUGAACACAGGAUCAGAACGUGGCCAAGAAUUGGUGAAGAUUAUGAAAGAAGGAGCCCUAGUUCCCACGUCUGUUGUCAUGGAGUUACUCAACGAGAAGAUCAAAAGCAAAGUAGCAACAUCUAAAGGUUUCCUGAUCGAUGGUUAUCCACGUGAGAAGAAACAAGGAGAGGAAUUCGAAACUGCGAUAAAACCUGUAGACAUGGUAUUGUACUUGGAAUCCAAAGACGAGACGAUGGUGCAAAGAUUGCUCAAACGAGCUGAGACCAGUGGUCGGUCAGACGACAAUAUGGAAACAAUUAAAAAGCGGUUGCAGACGUUCCACGACAAUAACGAUCCUAUUAUAGAAGCGUACAAGUCUAAAGUAGUUAUAAUAUCGGCCGAACAAAGUGCCGAGGCUGUUUUUGCCGAAGCAGAGAAAAAACUUGAUACAUUGGUUGCAUAAUUUUAAAAAUAAAAAUCUGCAUCAGUAUUGAUGAUAAUAAAAAUCGACAAAGUUAUGGUAAAAACUAAAAGCUCAAAGUUCUAUUUGAAAAAAUAUAAGAUUCAUUUUUUCAUGCGUGUACCUAUAUUUACACAAGCUAUAAAUAUAGAUUUAGGUUCGGAUUAAUAAAACAUGAUAAAAUAUCAGUUGUAACUUAGUUUACCAAUACAAGUAAUUUUAUAUUAUUGUAUUCAUUGUAUUGUUGUAGAUUAUAAUAUUUUAGAGUAUAUAAUACAAAAAAAUAGAAAAUUUAAUAUUUAUGUGCUUUAUAAAUUAUUGGUGUCAUUGCCUCAUAUAAAAAGCAUUAUUUUCUUUAACAACACUACAAUUAUUUUUUAGUGUUUCUAUGUUUAUCAUAGAAGAAUUCGAACCAUCUAUUUAUUAAGAAGGUAUAAUACCCUUCUUUACAUACAUAUAGCUUAAAGAAUAAAGAUGAUUAUGCUGAUAAUAUAAUAUUAUAAUGUCAUAUUUAAACAUAAUUAUUAUCGUUGUUAAUUAUAAUAAAGUUGUUAUUGCAAUAUUUUAAAUGUUAUUGCUUUUUGAGAACAAAAUUAAAUAUUUAUGUUUUAAUACAGUA